AUUCAUUUACUCUUACAAUAAAUUUUAGUAUUUUUAUUAUCUAUGGACAGCACUUUGGUCCAUUUUACUGGUUUUGAAAGUGCUUUAUAAAUAAAAGUUGAGUUGAGUUGAGAAAUUUAGAUUUUUUUAAAGAUUUUCAGGUUUUCCGUCCCAGUUCAAAACCAGUUUUCUGUAUUUUAUCAUCCGUCUCCAGUUCUCACCACUUCUGUGGCUGUUAAAACUAGCUUCCUGUCCUAGCCACCACCCACUCAUGGUUUAUAAGUGUCUGCUUAGCUAGCAGUGUGUCAGUAACGGACAGAAAACUCAUCAUGGUUAGGGAGCUCAGGACCGGCGCCCUUUGGCGUGCCGUGAUCGCCGAGUUGGUCGGGAUGACGCUUUUCGUUUUUAUAGGGAUAGGAUCUGCCAUUGGGACUUCGGACUACGACGGUCCCGAUCAGGAAGUAAAGGUAGCUUUAGCGUUUGGCCUGGCCAUCGCCACGCUGGCUCAGAGUUUGGGCCACGUCAGCGGAGCGCAUCUUAACCCAGCCAUCACUGUCGGCCUGCUGGUCAGCUGCCAGAUCAGUGCUAUUCGUGCAGUUUUAUACAUUUUAGCCCAGAUGUUGGGAGCGGUCCUGGCCAGCGGCAUCCUUUACGGUAUUCGUCCUAAAGAUGUCAAAGCUCUGGGGCUCAACGAGGUUGCUGAAAAUAUGACUCAGGGUAAAGCUUUCGGCGUGGAGUUCCUGGCCACCUUCCAGCUGGUGCUGUGUGUCUUAGCCGCGACGGACAGCCGCCGGAACGACGUGAAGGGAUCGGCACCGCUCGCCAUCGGACUUUCUGUGGGUUUGGGACACUUAGUGGCGAUCAGCUACACGGGCUGCGGCAUCAAUCCUGCUCGCUCCUUCGGACCUGCUGUCAUUAUGAAGUCCUUUAAGAAACACUGGGUGUUUUGGGUGGCGCCGCUGCUGGCUGGAGUAGCAGCUGCUGUCUUCUAUGAUUUCGUGCUGCAGCCUCACAGCGAGCCCUAUACUAAACGCGCCAGAGCCAUCAGAGGAGCGUCGGAGUCAGAAUCGUCACCGCUACUCGAGCCGUCCGGGAGCGCGGAGUCGCAGUGGCCCAGACGCUAAACUCUCCAACUGUAACGUCAUGAAAUUACGUAAACACCUCAAUGAAGCGCUUUUUUGCCAAUAUGUUGUACUGUAUGUGUGUGUGUUUAAAGCCGGGUCUAAAACCCAGAGACUAACGUCGGAGGUCUUCAGGUGAUUCCACGCUUGAGGUGUCGUUUGUGUCGCAUUGAUUUUAAAUUCCCAGGUGAAGUUUCCUUAUGAACAUGUUCCAGAUAAAUCACCUAAAACAUUAAUAUACAGCAUUUCACUUCCUCGAGUCGUCCAUUAUAGGCGAUGAAAAAAAGUACAUUUUAGUUCCUUCACUGAACCCCAAUGAACUGGCUCAUACAUUCAGGAACAGGAAGUUGCAUCAUCCGAAUUUCCUGAAGAUCUGAGGAAGAAGAAAGAUAAGAAAAGUUCUCAUUAAAUCUUUAUUUUCUCUUUAUUUUUGUGAUAUUGACUGAUGAGGUCACUGUGAAAGUGCAAGCCUGUUACACAAAUGAUAGACUGAAAUCAAUUCUUAAUUUAAACAAAAAUGCAUUUUAGGUAAAUCUUUAGAAUGUCUUUAACGACCUCAUGCCUUUAGUAAGGAUGCUAGUUAACCUCAUUUUGUAUUUAUGUGUUUGUUAAUUCAAUGGUUUAAAAAAAACUCAACCCUUUUACUCAAAAUUCAUCAAAUAAAAACCAUGUAAAAAAAAAAGUAUAUUGUUGCCUGAGAUUCUGGUUAACUUUUUUUCUUCAUGUUUUCUUCAAUUCAAUGUUGAAAAUUAAUUUUUAAAAUAAAUAAAGUAUAAUUAUUAAGAGUUGCAAGGGCUAAACGGCAUCACAAUCAUGGAAUCACCCUUUUAUUUCCCCAGAUUUUACUCAAUCAAGCCUUAAAAACACGAUUUAAACCUGCGAAAACGUCAUUUCUGCUUUUUUUUAAUAUACGUACACAUAUAUAUACAGUUCUGUGCAAAAGUCUUAGGCAAAGAAAUGCUGUGGAGCAAAGAUGCCUUCAAAAGUAAUGAAAUCAAAUGUUUCUACAUUUAAAAAAAAAUACUAUAAAGAGCAGUAAACAGUAAUAAAUGAAACAAAGUCAAUAUUUGGCGUGAUGAUCCUUCGCUUGUGCAGUUUUAUAAGGAAAUGAGCUGGAAGUGUUACUGAGCAUCUUGCAGAAGCAGCCACAGUUUUUCUGGAGACUUUGACUGUCGACUCGCUUCUUAUUUCUGCAGCGAAACCCAGCAGCCUUCAUUAUGUUUUUAUCUGAAAAGUGUCUCUUAUGGAAUCUGCUGCUUUCUUUACUGACAUACAAAAUUUUUCUGUAACGUUUCAUUUUGUGCUGGAAAACUAAUGUUUGGAAUCUAAAAUGUUUUUGUACUGAAUCAAUAAUGUAGAAGUCGGAAAAUAAACAUCUAUAACAAAGCUUGUACUAAAAAAAAAAGGGGGGUGGGGGUGCCAAGACUUUUGCACAGUACUGUAUAAAGUAAAGGUCUGGACUGUUAAAGCCACUCCUGAGAGAAGGAGAGAAAAAUCUUUUUUUUUUUUUCCAAAUGAAAGGAGAUAAAAGAAAAAAGAAAGAAAAAAUAGACAAAAAGAAGAAAUUAGAUAAGAAGAAACAAGUUAGAUUUCUGUAUUAAAAUUAAGAAAAAAUAAGAAAGGGAAAGAAAAGAGAAGAAGAAACCAAGAAAUGUUGAGCACAUGCAUUUACUCGUCAAACAAAUCAAAUCAAAUUUGUCAGCAAUAAAUAUCCUGUUGAUACUUUUUGUUUUUUUGUAAUAAAUGAUGAGAUAAAAA